UCAUGGUGCCAGUUGACAAUGCCGUAUGAUCCGGCCGCUACAGAUAGGUUUGACUUGUAUAAUUUACGAUACUUUCAAUUUUCAGUGUUCUGUAUGCUUAGAUCAUUUUCUGAAAGCGAAAGGAACUUCACAACGAUGCGGCUGGCGAUCCAUUUCGACAAUAAAUUCCACCAUUCCCUAAGUUUUCUUGUCGAUUUCAAAGCCGGUUCUGUGGAAUUGAUUUCAGUGAUCUUCUGGAAGUUUCUGCGAUUUUCUUUUCAAUUUUGUUGUGUGGCUGAUUGGGGAAGAUAGAAGAUGAGAGGUUUUAGGACGCUUUGGACGAAGAAGACAUGGAUUGGUCUUGGAUUGGGACAGAUUCUGUCUCUACUCAUCACUUCCACGGGGUUUUCUUCCUCUGAGCUUGCCAAACAGGGAAUCAAUGCACCCACCUCGCAGUCUUUUGUAAAUUAUGUGCUCUUGGCGAUUGUCUAUGGGAUCAUCAUGUUUUCCAGAAGGAAAGCCUUGAAGGCAAAAUGGUAUUACUACAUACUGCUUGGAUUAGUAGAUGUAGAGGCCAAUUUCCUUGUGGUAAAGGCCUAUCAAUACACAUCCAUAACAAGUGUAAUGCUGCUUGAUUGUUGGGCAAUCCCUUGUGUGUUGCUGUUCACUUGGCUAUUUUUGAAAACAAAAUAUAGACCGAGGAAGAUAGUUGGUGUCGUACUCUGUGUGGCUGGUGCCAUCGCAGUUGUUUUUUCAGAUGUUCAUGCCGGUGAACGGGCAGGAGGAAGCAACCCCAUUAAAGGGGAUGCACUGGUCAUUGCUGGUGCUACACUUUAUGCUGUCAGUAAUGUCAGUGAGGAAUUCCUUGUGAAGAAUUCUGGUAGAGUUGAAUUAAUGGCAAUGCUUGGUCUCUUUGGCUCAAUCAUCAGUGGAAUCCAAAUAAGCAUUAUAGAGCGCAAUGAGUUGAAAUCAAUUAAUUGGACUGCAGGGGCAACUCUUCCAUUUGUUGGAUUUUCAGUGGCUAUGUUUCUCUUCUAUUCCUUGGUUCCUAUAUUGCUUCAGAUCAAUGGAGCGGCAAUGUUGAACCUGUCUUUGAUGACCUCAGACAUGUGGGCUGUUGUGAUACGCAUUUUUGCUUAUCAUGAGAAGGUUGACUGGAUAUACUUCGUGGCGUUUGUUGCUGUGGUUGUUGGGCUUGUUCUUUAUUCAGUGGCCGACAAAGAAGAAAAUCACAGCCGUGUCGAUGUAGCUAUUGAAAUUGUCGAUGUGGAAAGGGGUUCAGGUAGUACACCAGAUGUUCGUGUUGAUGGCGAUGAAGGGAGGGAUCGCAUUGACAAAAAGGAUGAGAAUGCUUUGGUAGAACCAGAACCAGAACCAGAACCAUCAAUAUUGGGUUCAAGAGGAACAUAGUUCUGAGUUCCAAUGACUACAGAAGUUGGGAUAUUGAAACAGCAGCAGGGCAAGAAUAGCUGGAAAAUGUAUAUUAUAGUUCUUUUUCACAAAACGUACAUAACCUUCUCUUGAGAUCGAAAGUUUAAAUGUAUGUACUCGUAAUUAUUUUGUAGCU